AUGGGUCCUGAGUUAGUUCAGUCUACUAAUGAAGCUAUACAGAAAAUUAAAGCACGUAUGCAAGCAGUACAGAGUAGACAGAAAAGUUAUGUUUAUAUGAGAUGGAAAUAUCUUGAAUUUGAUGUGGGAGAUAAGGUGUUCUUGAAAGUAACGGCUAUGAAUGGUAUUUUGCGAUUUGAAAAGAAGGAAAAGUUGAGUCCUCAUUUUGUUGAAACAUUUGAGAUUCUAGAGCGAAUUGGCCUUGUGGCAUAUCGAUGGGCAUUGCCACCAUCACUCACUGUUGUUCAUGAUAUGUUCUAUGUUUUGAUGUUGAGAAAGUAUGUGACAGAUUCAUCUCAUAUAGUGGAUUGCGAGACAUUGGGAAUUAAUGAGAACUAG